CCCGCCGCGAUGCCCAGCGACUCCCCGGCCUUCAGCAAGCCCCCGGACGCCGCGGGGCCGGGGGAGAAGGCGGGCGGCUUAGGGAAGGCGGCGGCCCUCAUGGCGGCCGCCCCGGCGGACGGGGUCGCCGUCGCCGCGUCGGGGAAGAAGCCGCCGCGUCUGCCCAAGUGUGCCCGCUGCCGCAACCACGGCUACUCCUCGCCGCUGAAGGGGCACAAGCGGUUCUGCAUGUGGCGGGACUGCCAGUGCAAGAAGUGCAGCCUGAUCGCCGAGCGGCAGCGGGUGAUGGCAGCGCAGGUUGCGCUGAGAAGGCAGCAAGCUCAGGAAGAGGAACUGGGAAUCAGCCACCCAGUGCCCCUGCCCAGUGCCCCUGAGACGUUCGUUAAGAAGAACAGUGGUGGCAGCUCUUGUCUCUUGUUGGAAAACAGCAGCCCUACGCACUCGACGAGUAUGACCAUGACGGCAGCUAGCACACCGUCAGAGGGACGGAUGCUCAUUCAGGACAUCUCUUCCAUCCCCAGCAGAGGGCACUUGGAGAGCACGUCUGAUUUGGUUGUGGACUCCACCUACUACAGCAGUUUUUACCAGCCGUCCCUGUAUCCUUACUAUAACAACCUGUACAACUACUCCCAGUACCAAAUGGCAGUGGCCAGUGAGCCUUCCUCAAGUGAGACGGGGGGUACGAUUGUAGGGUCGGCCAUGAAAAACAGCCUUCGAAGCCUCCCAGCAACAUACAUGCCAAGCCAGUCGGGAAAACAGUGGCAGGUGAAGGGGAUGGAGAGCCGCCACGCCGUCAGCUCCCAGUACCGCAUGUGCUCCUACUACCCACCCGCUUCCUACCUGGGACAGGGGGUUGGCGCUUCCACGUGCCUCCCCCAAAUCCUGACCUCUGAGGGCAUCUCUUCCUACUCAGAGUCGAAAGCAAGAGUGUUUUCGCCGCCCAGCAGCCAGGACUCCGGCCUGGGGUGCCUGUCCAGCAGCGAGAGCACCAAGGGGGACCUGGAGUGCGAGCCCCCCCCGGAGCCCGGCGCCUUCGCGGUGAGCCCCGUCCUGGAGGGCGGCGAGUAG